AACAAGGUGCGUAUCCAGCGAACAAGGUUCUCCAGGAUUCUCGCCGGGAAAUGUCAAAGAUCGGAUUUUUCCCAUGAAUCGCGGAUACAAAUACGGUCCAAUGGGAGUAAUUACUCGGCCAAGGACAUCAGCGAGGACCAGCAAGAGUGUCCACUCGGCAGGCAACACGCGAUACGCAGUAAUUACGUUGGCAAGAGCAUCGAAGCGAAAAAAAAGGUGAUCAGGAUGUUGUUCGUGAUCGUUCUCGAGUUCUUCAUCUGCUGGGCGCCUCUGCACGUGAUCAACACGUGGUACCUCUUCGCACCUAAGUUGGUCUACUCAGUGGUCGGGAGCACAGGGAUCAUCCUGGUUCAGCUACUAGCCUACGUCUCCAGUUGCUGCAACCCAAUCACCUACUGUUUCAUGAACAGGAAGUUCCGUCAGGCGUUCCUUGGCCUCUUUGGCUGCCAUCGUUGCUGGAGAGUUGGGUGCAGGAACAGUGAUGUGGCGAUGACGUCCACGAGGAACGCGAUACAGGGAGCGAACAAUAGCGAGUUGAGCGGGAACGAGUCCACGAUUUACCUUGGGAAGGCUUCCCUCGUCGCCAGAUCCGAGGUGGUGAGGCUUCUGGAGGAGGAAGAUCGCGUCUAGUAUAGGUCGAACGUUCCCAGCAGCGAUAUAUCGCGAGCAAACGUGAUGCUGCUGCAAACCGGUAACAAACACGACGACUAUUUCUUAAAGAUAUCUUGGCAAUCGUCCAACGACAGGGUCACUUUGCCUAAAAACGAGAAACGUAUCGCGAAUUACGAUGCACAGUCAUGCUCAUCGAGAUCGUCCCGCGCGAAUCUCAAUUUCCUGUACGGCUGAUAGCAACGUGUACAUAAUUCCAGACAGAAAAUCGAAUUUUUUUUAUCAACUCACUCGAAAUGCUGGAGAAUUGAUUUCUCUCGUAAACCUAAAACUUAUCGCGUUAUUUUAUUUUUUAACAUCACUCUGUGAAGUUACGUUCGACCAUCCAGCGAGCAGUUCAGCUUCCUUCGUAAGAAAGGUAAUAGAAUUUUUAUAUUUCAUAACCCCGGAAUUAAAGUGUGACAACAAAGGAAUAGAAACUAUAAUAAAAAAAAUCAUUUCGUUUAUAGGGAUCGCUAAAAAGUUCCGUGCUUUAAUAUCGAGCCUCGAAAAAUGUUCAA